AUGGGGGAGAUAGCUCCCGGCACACAGAUUGAGAGAUGGUCAGUCGAGAAGAAGUUAGGAGAAGGAGGCUUUGGCGCAGUAUACAAAGUUAAAGAUCAAACAGGACAGUAUGCUUUAAAAGUUGAAGGUGUUGAUGAAAAAGUGCAGGUGUUAAAGAUGGAGGUUUUUGUUCUAACAGAGUUAGCCGCAAGAGGAGGUCGACAUUUCUGUAAAAUUGAAGAUAAGGGGAGAUUUGGUGCAUUUAAUUAUGUAGUUAUGACUUUGGUGGGCAAAUCUCUACAGAAUCUUCGGAAAGAACGUCCAACGCAGUGUUUGAGUCUGGCAUGUGCUCUUUCUGUGGGGAUACAGUGUUUGGAAGCACUUGAAGAUUUGCACGGGAUUGGAUAUUUGCAUCGCGAUGUAAAACCGGGUAACUACACAGUCGGAAGGGCUGAACUUAACGAAUUGCGGAAAAUAUACAUAUUAGAUUUUGGAAUGUGCAGGAAAUUUACAAAUGAUCAGGGAAUCAUAAGAAAACCUCGUGCAGCAGCAGGAUUUCGUGGAACUGUCCGUUAUGCGCCUAUUUCCUGUCACAUGCAAAGAGAAUUAUGCAGAAAAGACGACGUGGAAACUUGGAUUUAUCAACAGGUAGAAUUAACAGUUGGAAGGGUUCCAUGGAGAGAGGUACAGGAUAUGAAUCAGGUUGGAGAGUACAAAAAGCGAUGUCGUCAACCACCUGCUUUGUACGAGCUUUUCGCACCACCGUGCCCAAGAGAAUUCAUACAAAUUCUUCAAAUAGUUGAUGGACUGAAGUAUUAUGACGCGCCAAAUUAUCAGCAAAUUUAUGGGCUCAUGCGGAGAGCACUUCAAAACUGUGGCCAGCCAGAAUUUCCAUAUGAUUGGGAGAAGUAG